AAGCAGCUUCAGCCUCUGGCGAAGCAACGUGCGGCUGGUUGGUUCUUUCCCCUCGACGCGCCGAGCUGGAUCUCUUGCUCGGCCGGCAGCAAGAAGGAGGUGGCGCGGAGCCUUCGCUGGGGAUCCAACGUCGGCAGUGACUCAGAGGGAAGGGGACUGCUUACACCAUGACAGAAUUCUGGUUAAUUUCGGCACCGGGGGAUACGGCAAAUCUGGUGGCCUGGGAAAGAAUGAACACAGUGACUCUCAAAGCCAACCUGUCCAGCAACAGCAAGUUCAUCAUCCCUGACCUCAAGGUAGGAACCCUGGAUGCUCUUGUUGGCCUCUCAGAUGAGUUGGGGAAACUUGAUACCUUUGCUGAAAGCGUAAUGAAGAAAAUUGCUCAGUAUAUUGGAGAAGUUUUGGAAGACUCAAAAGAUAAAGUACAGGAAAAUUUGCUGGCAAGUGGAGGAAUGAAGAAUAAAAUGAAAUUUCUAAAGAUUGACCUAGUUAGUUAUCUCACAAGGUUUGAGUGGGACAUGGCUAAAUAUCCCAUAAAACAGCCACUGAAGAACAUUUCAGAAGUAUUAGCAAAGCAAAUGACACAAAUAGAAACAGACUUGAAAACCCGAGCAGCUGUGUACAACAACAUUAAGGGAAACCUCCAGAAUCUGGAAAGAAAAACAGCGGGAAAUCUCUUGACCCGUACUUUAACUGACAUAGUGAACAAAGAAGACUUCGUUUUGAAUUCUGAAUAUCUCAUCACUCUGCUUGUUGUAGUUUCCAAGUCAAGUUAUACACAAUGGCAAAAAACAUAUGAAUCCCUCUCUGAUAUGGUGGUUCCUCGCUCUACAAAGAUGAUUGCUGAAGAUGGAGAGGGAGGACUCUUCACUGUGACUCUGUUUCGAAAAGUGAUGGAGGACUUCAAAGCCAAAGCAAGAGAAAACAGGUUCAUAGUGCGGGAAUUCUAUUUUGAUGAGAAAGAACUGAAAUGUGAAAGGGAAGAAAUGAUGAAGUUAGCUUCUGAUAAGAAACAACAGUAUGGUCCCCUGUUGCGGUGGUUGAAGGUUAACUUCAGUGAAGCAUUCGUGGCUUGGAUUCAUAUAAAGGCUCUCAGAGUUUUCACGGAAUCUGUCCUCAGGUACGGACUUCCAGUGAAUUUCCAGACGAUGUUACUGCAGCCCAGUAAGAGAUCAGCAAAGAGGUUACGAGAUGUCCUUAAUGCAGUCUUCAAACAUCUGGAUGAAGUAGCAGCAGCUAGUAUAAUGGAUGCUUCUAUGGACAUUCCUGGCUUACAACUGAGCAAUCAAGAAUACUAUCCUUAUGUCUAUUUCAAGAUAGACCUCAGCCUUUUGGACUGCAGCUAAGAGAAGAAUGACAUAUAAAGGCUUGUAUAUACUGUACUGGGUUAUCAGAACGACCAAGUUAAUGUGUAUGUAUCUCCACUCCAAGCUGUCUUUUUAAUAUAAGGGGGUUGUUUUGACAGGGGUAUGGUCUUUUCCUAAAUAACUGGACACAAGUUUUCAUUAUUGUUCCCAGGCUUGUCCUAUUCCAAGUGUUAAGGCUCAAAAAGCCAUUUCUGAUCAUAUUAGAAAAUGUGCUUCGUAAGGCAAAGGUAUUACAGUUGUAUUUAUUUAUUUUUUGUCUUUUGUAAAUUACAAAAAAAAAAUUCUCUAUCAUGAUUUUAAAUAAAAUAAGAUGCUAUCCUGUUAAA